UGAGGUGUGAAUUCCAUACAACCUUCUAAAUGAAACAAAUGACGAGACAUAAUGUAGAAACAGGAGCAGGAGGAAGGCGAGAGUAGGCGGAGCUUAGUGAGGACGUCAGCGGAGUUCUUAGCCAAUGGAAUCGCAGAUCGAGGCGGCGGGCUGCACUAUAAAAGCAAGAUGUAGCCGGGAAAUUUUUCAUAUCAGUCAUACAGAAUGGCUCGCACUAAGCAAACAGCCCGCAAGUCCACGGGAGGCAAGGCUCCUCGAAAGCAGCUGGCUACCAAGGCAGCCCGCAAGUCUGCACCUGCCACUGGAGGUGUCAAGAAGCCUCAUCGUUACAGGCCUGGUACCGUUGCUCUACGUGAGAUCCGUCGCUACCAGAAGAGCACUGAGCUGCUCAUCAGGAAACUUCCAUUCCAGCGACUUGUACGUGAGAUUGCUCAAGAUUUCAAGACUGACCUGCGAUUCCAGUCGUCAGCUGUCAUGGCUUUACAAGAGGCCUCUGAGGCUUACUUAGUUGGUCUCUUUGAAGAUACUAACUUGUGUGCCAUCCAUGCUAAGCGUGUUACCAUCAUGCCUAAGGACAUUCAGUUAGCUCGCCGCAUCCGUGGAGAACGUGCUGGAUACAGAAUGGCUCGCACUAAGCAAAAAGCCCGCAAGUCCACGGGAGGCAAAACUCCUCGAAAGCACUGGCUACCAAAGGCAGCCCGCAAGUCUGCACCUGCCACUGGAGGUGUCAAGAAGCCUCAUCGUUACAGGCCUGGUACCGUUGCUCUACGUGAGAUCCGCCUACCAGAGAGCACUGAGCUGCUCCCUCAGGAAACUUCCAUUCCACGACUUGUACGUGAGAUUGCUCAAGAUUUCAAGACUGACCUGCGAUUCCAGUCGUCAGCUGUCAUGGCUUUACAAAAGGCCUCUGAGGCUUACUUAGUUGGUCUCUUUGAAGAUACUAACUUGUGUGCCAUCCAUGCUAAGCGUGUUACCAUCAAGCCUAAGGACAUUCAGUUAGCUCGCCGCAUCCGUGGAGAACGUGCUUAG